AAAUUAUUAAGCAGCUGCCAAUUCUAUAAGCCACUCUAAGCGCCAGAGCCACAGGCACAGAAACCAUGACACAAACCAUGCGUAAGAGCUUCUCAAGCUCUAGCUCUCGUCCUUUCUCCUCUCACUCCCUCACCGGUGGAUACUCCAGGCGCAUUGCCGUCGGCUCUGCACCAAGUGUCUAUGGAGGCGCAGGGGGUUCCAGCGUGCGUGUCUCUUACGCACAGGGCACCAGGAGCGGUUUCGACCUGGCCAGUGCGCUCGGCGGCGGCGACAAUGGCUUCGGUCAAUCGUUCAACGAGAAGACCACCAUGCAGAACCUCAACGACCGUCUGGCCAAUUACCUGGAGAAGGUGCGCUCGUUGGAGAAAGCCAAUGCGCAACUCGAGCGCCAGAUCCGCGAGUGGUACGACAAGAGUGCUCCUGUCAGCAAAGACUACAGCCAUUACUAUGCCAUCAUUGAUGAUCUCCGCAAAAAAAUCUUCAUCGCCAGCCAGGACAAUGCCAGAAUUAUCCUUCAGAUUGACAACGCCAAACUGGCAGCCGAGGACUUCAGAGUCAAGUACGAGAACGAGUUGGCCAUGCGCCAAUCUGUGGAAGCAGACAUCGCUGGCCUGAGGAAAGUUAUGGAUGAAUUGACCAUGACCCGCUCAGACCUUGAGAUGCAGAUUGAGGGUCUGAAUGAGGAGCUGGUCUACCUCAAGAAGAACCACGCAGAGGAGAUCGCAGCUCUUCGUGCACAAAUGUCCUCAAGCACCGUAAACGUUGAGGUGGACGCUGGACCACAGCAAGACCUGGCCCGUAUCAUGGAGGAGCUCCGACAACAGUAUGAGGGUAUCACAGAGAAGAACCGCAGAGAUAUGGAAUCCUGGUACAAGUCCAAAUUUGAUGAGCUAAACAAGCAGGUGUCCACCAGACAAGAAGAUCUUUCAACAUCACGCAAUGAAAUCAAUGAUCUUAGGAGAACGAUGCAAUCCCUGGAGAUCGAACUACAGUCUCAGCUUAGCAUGAAAUCGGCUCUGGAGGGCACACUGUCAGAGACCGAUUCACGGUACGGCCUUCAGCUCAACCAACUGCAGGGAGUAAUUCACAAUCUGGAGGCGGAGCUUUCCCAAAUGCGCACGGACAUCGAAAGACAGGGCAACGAUUAUAGACUGCUCCUGGACAUCAAGACCAGACUAGAGAUGGAGAUCGCAGAGUACAGAAGACUUCUGGAUGGAGAGGACAUUCAGAGACAGACAGUCAAGGUUGUAGAGUUCGUAAAUACUACUCCUCCUCCCCCCCCCAAACAUGAGCCAGUGGUGACCAAGCGUGUGCGCACAGUAAUCGAAGAGGUGAUUGACGGAAAAGUCGUUUCUCGCACUGAGGAUGUCGAUGUCGUGAGGAAGUAAAAACGGCAGCAUAUAUUUUCGGUCUAAAUAUGGCUAAAUUAUUCCUGUUCACCUCUUGUUAAUCAUACAACAUAAAAUAAAAGUACAAGCUGCGAAAUUAAAA